GCGCCAGCCCCGCCAGAGCGCGGCGGCGGCGGCGCGGAGCGGAGCGGAGACGGAGAGCAGCGCCCCUCCGCCCGGCCUCCGCCACGCCGCGCUUGCAGCUGCCCGCCCGCCCGCUCGCCCCCCCCCGCGGCACCAUGUCGGUGGAGCUGGAAGAAGCCGAUCUGCCCCUGACCGAGGCGGAGGAGGUGCCGAUCGCGGCCGAGAAGAAGGCGGCCUCCAAGAAGGCGAAGAGCGCCGGCGGCGGCGGCGGCUCCUCGCUGUCGCCUUCGAAGAAGAAAAAGAACAACAAGAAGAAGAACCAGCCGGGCAAAUACAGCCAGCUGGUGGUGGAGACGAUCCGCAAGCUGGGCGAGCGCAAUGGCUCCUCGCUGGCCAAGAUCUACAACGAGGCCAAGAAGGUGGCCUGGUUCGACCAGCAGAACGGCAGGACCUACCUGAAGUACUCCAUCAAGGCGCUGGUGCAGAACGACACGCUGCUCCAGGUCAAGGGCACCGGCGCCAACGGCUCCUUCAAGCUCAACAGGAAGAAGCUGGAGGGCGGCGGGGACGGGGGCGCGGGCAGCAGCGCCCACAAGUCCCACAAGAAGGCGGCGGCCUCCGCGACCCGGCGAGCGGAGAAGAAGCCCGCGGCCAAGACCAAGAAGCCCGAGAAGAGAUCCCACAAGAAAGGAACCAGCAGCGCGGCGGCGAAGAAGGACAAAGGCAAAGCCAAGAAGGCCGCCAAGAAGGGAGCCGCGUCCCCGGGGGGCAAGAAGGUGAAGAAGUCCGCGAAGCCCAAGGCGCUGAAGAGCAGGAAGGCAUGAGAGCGGGGCGCGGGGAGCCCCGGGCGGGGGGCGGAGGGGCCCCCCGUCCCCGCCAGGACUGGGAGCCCCACGGCACGGACUGCUCUGAGGACAGACCCCCGGGGACCCGCUUUGUGUCGCCGACUCGGCUCCGCAGCCGCCGCCGUGCGCGGUGAGCGGGGCUGCGGCUGCCCCAGCCCCCCCUUACCCCCCCCCGUCCCCGACCCUCCGGCGCCUUCCCCCCCCCCCCCCCCCCGCCCCCCAACCUCGCGGCUUCCCCCCCAUCGCGCCCCUUUGUUUUCGGCCGUGCCCCUCCCCGCUCGACGACGGUGUCUGGUGCCCCCCCCCCCCCCCCGGCCCCCUUCCCGCCCGGUUCCCAUAGCAGCCGCUCUGCGGCGCCCCCGCGCCACGUGGGCCGGCUCCCGCCGCCCGCGCCCCCCUCCCCGCCCCGCCCGCCGGGCGCACCGUGCCUGCUCGCGGCCAUUUCGAAAAGCCACGGCGCCCCCUAUUGGCUCCCGGCCCCCGGCGCCAUGGCAACGGCCCGUCGGGCGCCAAUUGGCUGCCGCGGCGUCUGGCGCUCUUAAAGGGCCGGGGCUCCCCUGCGGCCUCCCGCCCCUGGCGGCGGGCGGGGGAGCCCGGGGGGCCCGGCGCAGGGCCCCGCGGCUGCCGUUCAGGCCGCCUCUCCGAUGGCCUUUACGUUCUUUUUUUCUUUCUUUCUUUUUUUUUUUUUUUAAAGCGUUUUAGGGGUGGGUUUGGUUACGUAUUUUCGGGGGUUGGGAGGUUGUUUUUUUUUUUAAUUUUUUUUUUUUCUCUUUUC